CGUUGCAGCCAGUCAGCCUGAGUCAGGCAGCGACUAUCGACGGGACUAGAAGGUGUGCGCGGUGUCGCGCGUCGCCGGUCGCCGAUCGUCCUGUAGUCGCCGCGCCGUAAGACCCGACGAAGCCCCGAGAACUCGGGAUUGGCGCGUCCGGUGCGAUCAACGGCCACCGGCAAAUUAAAUGGCACGUCGCGCCGCGGUGACGUCACCGUACGAGCGUCACGGGCUCCUGGUGAGAUCAUCGUCGAGGGCGUCGUCGACGUCGGGCCGCACUAUGACGCUUGUGGGACUGUAAUCUCGACGAAGAUGUCUCAGACGGCUAGCGAGACUUGUCCUCGGGAGCGUAAGAUGAGAAAUUGAACUGUCCGAGCGCAGGGGUCGGUGCCAUGCAGGUCCGUCUAGACGGGAAGCUGGCGUUGCUGUACACUCUACUGAUCUUGCAAGUUCUGAUCGUUAUGAUCUAUGUCGCCACAACUCCACCGGCCGAGCUAGCUGCGUCAACGACUCGCGCGUCCGUCAGUUUCGUCAAGUUCGAAACGUCGCAGGAGCUGCACGUGAAUCAGGGCAAUCGUAAAAAGUCACCAAUCUACCAGACAAUCAAUGGGGAGGUAGCGUUGAAGGACGUCAAGACAUUUAGGCUGUUUGAGGUGUACAAUCGUACCGUGUGCUGGAAGUAUGGGGUGGACCAGCGUAAGAUGAAGAGCAACGAGCAUUUGGAAAGGUGUAUCUGCAAUCAGGGAUGGCACGGCCUGGACUGCGGACAGCCGGAGGUCGUGUGGCGGGCAAUCAUGGCGUCGAAGCAGAACGUCAGCCUGAAACGCCGCAGGACCGCCCGACACGUCAUUCACACCUUUUUCCUGAGCGACUACAACUCCGCGAUCGCCGAGGUGAUCGUGGAGGAACUCUACGACGUGGUGGACCUUUUUGUAAUAUGCGACUUUAACAACGCGGAGGACAAUUUCCGGCACAAACUGUCCAAGGGACUGCUGCAGCGGGAGCAAAAGAAGAUCCUGUACGUGAACGUGGCGACCAAGUCCCGCAGGCCGUCCAGGAUGGUAUCGAGAUACGUCUGGGACAAGAUCAGGAGCGUGGUGCAGAACUUAAGGGACGACGAUAUCUACGUGACGACGGAGCCGGAGCAGAUACUCAACUCCAGGGCAUUAAUGUUCCUCAAGGUGUACGACGGCUGGCCUCAGCCCAUCGGGUUUAGACUGAGAUGGUCGAUAUACGGCUUUUUCUGGCAGCAUCCGCUCAAGACAACGAUCACGCUCGGCGCGUACACCGUCGGCCUGAUGCGCAACGCCUAUCAGUCCAACUCGCUCGUGCUGCGGCAACAGUUGGACGGAGACACCAGCGAGAGAGAUAUCUUAGGAUUAGUCAUAGGGGACUUGAAUCACUACGGCGGCUGGUACUGCAACCUGUGCCAGGCGCCCGCGAACAUAAUUAUCGGUCUUCGCAAUAGAGUUGAGUCUAAGGAGAUUUAUAUCGAGAAGACUAUCGACGUGCCGUUCGUCGAGGACCUAAUAAGUAGCGGACUGUGGCUGGACGGUAAAACCGGUCUUCUCAGAGUCUCAAAGUCUAGGGAUUCCUAUUUCGCGCCAGAAGCGAUUCUCAACAACACGUGGAAGUACGACUGGCUGGUAGAGAAUUUUUACGCUAAACUAGAUUACUACUGACGUACUGGUCGCACCCGACUGUGAUAUUAACUCAUACUCGAUACUCAGUGUACACUAAUGUAAUAUUAUACUGAAUUUAUACACUAAAAUAUUACGUUGACGAAAUAUAAAUGUUAAAUGGUUUAUACAUAUAA